AAGGCUCGCUCAGCGACUCGAACUCAGAUGAAACUGUAGGCUAAGUGAAAGAGAGAGAGAAAGAGAGAGUGUGUGUACGGAGUAGAAAAGAGGUAGAAAGACGCACUACAGCCACACGACGAUUUUGCGCCCUAGUUUACAGCAUCCGAGCAAGUAACUGCAAAGGAGUUUUAUUUCAAGUACCUACCCAUUAUUCGUCUGUCUGGUGACCAGAAAUUAUUUUUUUUGCUGUUCAAAGAAAGGCUUUUAGAGUUUAAGAGUUUUUUUCUGGAGGGUGAGAAGUUUUGGAUUUUUUCCCUUUUUGAGACUUAAAGACAAACAAUUUUCCCUGUGAGAAUGCUGCUACAACUGUAAGCAGAAUUCCCACGUGGCUCCUUUGAUUUGACAAUAAUGUGUCAAACUCUUUUGAAUUACCGACGGAUUAUUUAGAUUACCAAACAUGGUAUUAGAAAUAACUUCAUCAGUACUUAGUACUUAUCCCCGAAGACUUUUUCACUGAAUAUUUCUAGCUACUUUUAGUGUACUCUACGUUUAGGUUUCUUAGAUCCCUUGCUGCACAUUUUCAACAAGUAAUUACAAAUCAAAGCUCACUUGUAGGAGCACUUGCGUUAUAAUAACACAACAAAGUCACAACUUACCCCAGUUUAGUGCGUGCUAAUAAUAUAUCUCAAAGCGAUAUCCGUCCGAGUGUCGCCACCAUGCUCUUCGAAAGUUUUGACCUACUCUCGGCGCUGGCGACGCUGGCUGCGUGUUUGGUGUCCAUGGCGCUUCUGCUGGCGGUGUCCCAGCAGCUGUGGCAACUACGAUGGACCGCAACCCGAGACAAGAACUGCAAGCUGCCCAUGCCCAAAGGUUCCAUGGGAUUUCCCAUUAUUGGAGAGACCUGCCACUGGCUUUUCCAGGGUGCGGGCUUCCACGCCUCAAGGCGGCAGAAGUACGGCAACGUCUUCAAGACCCACCUGCUGGGCCGGCCCCUGAUCCGGGUGACGGGGGCGGACAACGUGCGCAAGGUGCUGAUGGGGGAGCACAGCCUGGUGAGCGUGGACUGGCCCCAGAGCACCAGCGCCCUGCUGGGCCCCAACAGCCUGGCCAACUCCAUCGGGGACAUCCACCGCAAGAGGAGGAAGGUGUUCGCCAAGGUGUUCAGCCAUGAGGCUCUGGAGAGCUACCUGCCCAAGAUCCAGCAAGUGAUCCAGGAGACCCUUCGCGUCUGGAGCUCAAACCCCGAGCCCAUCAACGUGUACCGCGAGUCCCAGCGCCUGUCCUUCCAGAUGGCCGUGCGCGUGCUCCUGGGCUUCCGCAUCUCGGACGAGGAGAUGUGCCACUUCUUCAACACCUUCCAGGAAUUUGUGGAUAACCUCUUCAGCCUGCCCAUCGACAUGCCCUUCAGUGGAUAUAGGAAGGGCCUUCGUGCUCGGGACAAGUUGCAGAAGAUGAUUGAGAAGGCCAUCCGAGAGAAGCCUUUGUGCACGCAAGGGAAAGACUACGCUGAUGCUCUGGACGUACUGUUGGAGAGUGCCAAGGAGAAUGGAGCUGAGCUCACCAUGCAAGAGCUAAAGGAGUCGACGGUGGAGCUGAUCUUUGCCUCCUUCGCCACCACGGCGAGUGCCAGCACGUCGCUCAUCAUGCAGCUGCUGCGGCACCCGGCCGUGCUGGAGAAGCUGCGCGAGGAGCUGCGCAACCGUGGCAUCCUGCAGAACGGCUGCCUGUGCGAGGGCGAGCUGCGCCUGGAGACCAUCUGCAGCCUCAAGUACCUGGACUGCGUCAUCAAGGAGGUGCUGCGGCUCUUCACGCCCGUGUCCGGAGGCUACCGCGUGGCCAUGCAGACCUUCGAGCUGGACGGUGUCCAGAUCCCCAAAGGUUGGAGCGUGAUGUACAGCAUCAGGGACACCCACGACACCUCGGCUGUCUUCAAGGAGGUGGCGGCGUUCGACCCGGACCGUUUCAGCGAGGAGCGCAGCGAGGACAAGGAGGGCCGCUUCCACUACCUGCCCUUCGGCGGCGGCGUGCGCUCCUGCCUGGGCAAGCAGCUGGCCACCCUCUUCCUGCGUAUCCUGGCCAUCGAGCUGGCCAGCACCAGUCGCUUCGAGCUGGCCACGCGGACGUUCCCUCGCAUGGUCUCUGUGCCCGUGGUGCACCCCACCGACGGACUCAAGGUCAAGUUCUUUGGCCUGGACUCCAAUCAGAACGAGAUCAUGGCCAAGACCGAUGAGCUUCUGGGCGCCACCGUCUGAAGGUGUGAGGAAGAGGGGAGCGGCUGGGAGGAGUUCAAAUGUUGAGGCAAAAAAAACACACGUUAACUGAAGAGGAUGUGGGGGCAAGAGCAAAAGAUUUCCGCGCUCUCUGUGGAGCUUGUAUGUUUUGCAGUUUUCUUACUCCUCGACUGACAGACCUUGUGAAGAGUUGAAACACUCUCUCUAGCUUUGUCGGCGUCAUUUCCAGACUUCAGCCUGCCAAAAAUGUAUAGUCCUUGUUGUUUCUCAUACAAACACUUACGACUAAAAUCUUAAAAAGGACAAAUAUGUUUAACAGAGGAAAGAUGAUGUAACGUUAACUUGGAGAGAAGCUCAUGUUCGAAGAAGCGAUGCACGGAUGAGUGUGUGUGUCUGUGGGAAUGAGAGGGAUCGGAAGAGAGGACAGUGGGGUGGAAAGGAUCGGUUGAGGUUAAUCCAAGAAAGUUGAUAAACAGGGUAAAGAGCGACUCACUUGUAAUGCUAGGACAUGGUUAAGCCUAAGUUAAAGCUAUAGAUAAAUGCUGCGUGGCCAGGUUUUUUGAGUCUCUUGCUGUGAGAGUUACUGCGUCACAUGGGAGUGUGGUGGGUGCCUCCACAGAGAAAGAAGAGAUUCAAAAUCACUUACUAAAAUGUAGACUUCCAGUAGUGUAGAGAGUGUAGAGGGGACUGAAUCAGGAAAAAAAGGACUAGAAGUGCAUGCUCGGGAUUUUAUUUUUCAGGGUUUGUUUUUAGUUGCAUAUUGGUUAUGUCAAAAGAUGUAUGUACCUAGUGUGUGUGCGCGUGUGCGUGUGCAUGUGUGCGUGCUUGUGUGUACAUGUGUGCGUGUGUGUACGUGCGCGCGUGCGUGCACAUGCACGUGGCGGGGGAGCUUUUAGCAGAGAGGCAUAGGGGAAUGUAAGAGCUGCAUUGUAAGCUAGAAAUGAAUGAAUGAACUGUAUGAAAACUCAGGUGUGUUUGGAGUCCACGAUGCCUUUUAGAACUAUACUUGUUUCACUUUGUAUCUGUCCUGCACAUAAGACUAGUCAUAAUUGUUAGCUUGGGAGAAAACCCCUCAACCUGUGCUUUAAUGCAGUGAUGUGAUGGAGGAUAUCUCUGUAAAGAAAAAAAAGAAAGAAAAGAAAAACAAACGUUUGUUUUUUGAGCCUCAAAAUAUGCUUCACUAAGUGAGAUGAGUGUGUCUUGUGUGAAUCCAAAUGGCCUAAAUGAGAGAUUCAUGAAUGGAAGGUGAGAGAGGUGAUAACUAUACAGGACUGAAGAAAUAAAAGGACCCUUGUUCUUGCUGCUUGAGAGUCAUAUUAUUUUUUCGGAGCAGAGUGCCAAUGACCUCUCACAAGAACGUGAUAUUUAAGUUUUGUUUUUUUUUCCUUUGCUGCUCCACUUCUUCAACACUAAAAUGCAAAGUCAAGUUGAAAUGGCUUACCAGAUGGGGAGGUUAGGACACGCCAUAAAGGUUCUCAAAGAAUGAAAGGAAGAAAGAAAGAAAGAAAGAAAGGAAGGAAGGAAGAAAAUGACCUUAACAAAAGAGAUCUUUUGAGGGAAGGUUUUUAUGGAAGGGCUGGUGGCAUCCUAGCUGAGAAGCAACCUGAAGGGGUUAUAAUAAGGACCUUUAUAUAAAAAAGAAAACCUUGUCAAUGUCUGGGAUGAAGACCCUGUGAGGAGGAUGUGUCCUUGUGUCCUCCGUAGAUCACGCGAAGAACAUUUUAAUCUGUGACCAACCAUGCCACUGAUUUUUUUUGUUUUUUUUGUAAAUGAAUGGAUUUUUUUUCCUAAAGUUAUUGAGUCUGCUGCUUUUUGUGUACAAUAUUUCUAACUGAGUGUUCUAGAAUGUGAGGGCAGUUUGUGAAUCAUGGGCAGAUAUCCACAUUUGUGAGAGCGACAGGAAAUAUGACUCAGUGUAGAAAGCCAUGGGUAACGCCUAUCAGAAAUGUCUAAUAUCCUAACAUUAUUCACAUUAAUUUUAUUAUUGUAAUAAAUAUUAUUUUAAGUGCUAUUUUUGUUAUAUUCCAGAAUAGAGUUUUAGUAUAAAUAAAGUUGGUUGGUAAAUAUUGUUAUAUUUAGUAUGAUAUGAAUUUCAGCUAUAUUGUAAACAGUGUUUAAAUGUUAAUAUUGUUUUAUGUUAUUGUAAUAAUUUUUAUUUUGUUAUUAUCAUCGCAUUCAGUUAAUAUUAAUAAAAACAGAAGCACUUGCGAGGUAUGUUUAUAUUGAGUGCCAUGCAAAUACGUCAUGUUCUAUACUUUAUUGAAUGCUGUUUUUGCCUGUACAUAAUAUUGUAUUUUGUCUGUGUUUCACUUAGUUUAUGAAUGUUUUUUUCAUCUUCUUUUUUUACAGUGAUUCUUAAAUGUACUUGCCAAUUUUAUAAACUCCUAUAAUAAACUAUUAUGUGAAAAUAGUACUGUUGCCGUCUGAGACCUCACUUUCUGACUUGUUUACGCUGCUUUUCAACACACUGUCCCCAAAUGUUUCACACCGAACCUGCUCUGGGACAAUGCACUGCAUAAUUAUUCACGUUAUGCUGAUUGAUUGUCCCCCAGAGUU